AUGGUCAUUAAGGCUAGUAGCAAUUAUGGAUGGUUUCUCGAUGAUUUUUCAGUCGAAGAUUCUAGUGGUAGCGAAAUGCUAAGAAAUGGCAAUUUUGAAAACGGUACUCUAACUAACGGUUGGAUCUCUAUUCAUUGUGAAGAUUUAUAUUGUGCAAAUAUUACGAAUUUGGGAUGUAGUGGUGGUUCGGGUUUAUGCUACUAUGUCACGUGUGACACAGUUCAAGCACUUCAGCAAACAUUUUCCACGACGCCGACAAAUGCAUAUACUUUCUCUUUCCAAAUAAAAUGGAUAGGAUCUAUUGGUUCUGCCAAUAACAACUGGCUAUCUUAUAGCAUUUCGUAA